CGGUGCAAUCGUGCUUCGCGCCGCACAGCCGAGCUGACGAAACGCGGUGCGACACUCCUCCCCAAAGGCCCAAACUCUCCCUGCGACCGCGAAGCUCUCCACCUCCCUCGCCGGACGCCGCCUCCAGAUCAGGCACCGAUCCUUCAGCCGCCGUUCCGCCUCCCCUCCUCGUAGCGCGGUGCCCGUCGUCCUCGCCUCAAUCCUUCACCGCCGGGGAGCGGAGAUCCGUCCGAGCUUGGACUGAUUCCUCCCUCCGUCUCCUCGUCGGUAGGGUAGCCCUAGCCUGCCUGGAUGGGCCGCUCCCUCCGGCCCGCAAAACCCGAAACUUCAGCUCCGGGAAGGACGCCCCAAUCCGUCUAGCUGGAUUCGUGCUGGUGUGCUGAUAGCGGCUGGGAGCUUCAGCUGAGAGGGGGAGGGGCCACCGAUGGCGGCGGAGCUGGGGCAGCAGACGGUGGAGCUGGGCGCGAUGGUGCGCCUCGCAGCCGAGGAGUCGUACCUGGCGCUGCGGGAGCUCGUGGAGAGGUCGCGGGCCGAGGCGGAGGCGGAGGCCCAGGGGAAGGAGGGCGUGCGGCUAAGGUCGGACACCGAGAAGAAGAUCGACCUGCUCAAGUUCGUCGACCGCACGCGGCAGCGCAUGCUCCGGCUCCAUGUCCUCGCCAAGUGGUGUCAGCAGGUUCCUCUGGUUAAUUACUGCCGACAGCUGGCGUCAACGCUCUCUAACCAUGAAACAUGCUUCACCCAAACAGCAGACUCGCUGUUCUUUAUGCAUGAUGGACUGCAGCAGGCCCGUGCUCCCAUUUUUGAUGUUCCAUUUGCUACAGAAGUCCUACGUACAGGGAGUUACAGGAGAUUACCAAAAUGCAUAGAGGAAAUAGGUACCCAGAGUAUGCUUUUUCAAGAUGAACGAAGGCCUACUUUGAAGAAAUUAAACUCCCUUGUACGGGCAAAAUUACUUGAAACCUCAGUUCCUAAAGAAAUAUCUGAGGUUGCAGUGACUGAUGGGAUAGCCAAUCUUCGUGUGGAUGGAGAGUUUCAUGUUCUUCUUACAUUGGGUUACCGUGGACAUUUCUCACUUUGGAGGUUAUUGCACAUGGAAUUGCUUGUUGGUGAAAAGACUGGACCUAUUAAGCUUGAAGAGACAAGAAGAUAUGCUUUGGGUGAUGAUAUUGAACGGAGAAUGGCUAACACCGGCAAUCCCUUCAUGAUUUUAUAUACUGUACUACAUGAAUUGUGCAUCUCUCUUGUUAUGGAUACUGCAAUUAGGCAGGCUAAUGUUCUACGACAGGGUAGAUGGAAAGAUGCAAUAAAAUCUGAACUUAUCUCAGAUAGUAGUGCAGCGCAAGGUGGGAAUGCUUCAGUGCAGCUUGGGCAAGAUGGGGAACUUGAUCUUAGUGGUUUUAGGAUACCUGGUUUGAAGUUGAAUUACUGGCUAGAUGAAAACAGUAGUGGCUCAGCAGAACCUGAUUUAUCUCCAUUUAUCAGUAUUGAGGUAGGGAAGGAUAUGCAGAUAAAUUGUCUGCACAGCUCAUUUAUGCUGGAUCCGCUUACUGACAAAGAGGCUGAUCUUUCUAUUGAUCUGAGCUGCAUUGAUGUUGAAGCACUUAUUUUGAAAGCAAUUGCUUGCAAUAGACACACUCGUCUUCUGGAAAUCCAAAGGGAGUUGAGCAAAAAUGGUCAACUUUUGCAAUCACCUACUGAUGUUGUCCUGAAAAGAGAAGUUAAUGAAGAGGGCUUAGGGAAGAAAGUGGAUGGAAAGAACUUUCAAAAUUCGUGUACAAAUGAAGUACUUCAGGUUAGGGCAUAUGGAGAAUCGUAUAUUCACCUUGGAAUAAAUAUCAGGAGUGGUCGCCUCCUCCUUCAAUCAUCGAAAAACAUCUUGCUACCUUCUGUGCUGUUAGAAUCUGAAGAAGCCCUAAACAAAGGGAGUCUAACAGCAAAUGAGGUUUUUGUGAACUUAAGGAUCAAGAGCAUCCUCCACUUAUUUGCUGCAACUGGAAGGUUUCUGGGUCUUAAGGUUUUCUCUCAGUCCCAAGUUACUCUGAAGAUUCCUAAGUCAGUGUUAUAUGGUUCAGAUUUUAUGGUCAUGGGAUUUCCUCAGUGCGCAAAUGCUUAUUAUUUCUUGAUACAACUUGAUAAUAACCUUAGGCCUGUUUUUCAUUUGCUUGAGACACAGUCUGAUGAAAGUAACAGCUCUAAUGCUGAUGCCAACCAGGUAAUAAGGUUUAAUAGGAUUGACAUUAGCUGUAUACAAACAGGCGAAGAUGAAUAUAAUGUGAACUUAUUUGAUACUGGGAAGGCGCUACAAGGCAUUGAAGGUGGAUCACUUAGGCCAAGUGGAAAUGAGAAGCUUGUGCCCUUAACACCUUCAUUAUCGUCUUCUUUUUCUUCUCUUGUUGAUGAAGUAUUUGAGCACAGUACAAGCUCUUCAACCAUAGAAAAUCAACAUUUGCCGCCUUCUAGUUUGACCUCUACUCACGUAAGUUCUUUCCAAGUUGGUCCUGAGGGACUCUGUGGCACAGCUUGCCUGCCUGAGCUCCGAAACUCUAUCCAUUCAGACAUUAAUACUUCUGAAGUUACACAUGAUGCAAGCUUGAACAGUGAUCUGCUGAGUAGCAGUUCAGGCCCUGCCAGAAUUUCACCCAUGCCAUCAGACUGUAAGUCUGGUCAUGGCCUUAGCUCAUUGAGCUUUUUAAGAGGCCAUGAUAUUUCCCAUGGAGGUAAAUCUCUUCAACUUGUUUCUUCAGAUGGUCAAAGAGUUUUGGGAAAUAUCUCCACUACAAAACUUGGAGGGCCUUCGAGAAAACGAUUUCUUUCAGAGAUUGUAUUGAAUAUCCCAUCAUUACAGCAGUCUAGAAUAAGCGAUGGACCAAGAAAACGAAGAAAAGCGUCAGAGAUUAUGAAGGAUAGUGCUCUUUCUAAGGAAUAUUCAUCUGGAAAACCCCUAACAUAUGGAAAUAUAUUUACAGAAGAAAAUCGUUGUGUUACGUCAGCUAUUUAUGCUUCUGUACUUUGUCAUGCCAUAAAGCACUGUUCACUUUGUAUCAAGUAUGCUCAACUAACUACCCAGAUGGAUUCUCUUGGCAUCCCAUAUGCAGAAGAAGCAGAGCUGGGGACACCAUCCUCUAAUCUUUGGUUGCGGUUACCCUUUCUUAAAGAGGAUUCAUGGAAACAUGUAUGCUUACGCCUAGGUAAAACUGGACGUAUGUCUUGGGAUGUUAGGAUCACUGAUCCAUAUUAUGGUUCACUCUGGAAAGUCUAUGGAGGCAGCACUACUACUGAAUGGGGUAUUGGUGUUCGUAUAGCGAACACUUCCGAAAUAGAUUCACAUAUCACUUUUGAUGAUGAUGGGGUUGUUUUGACUUAUCACACUGUUGAGGCAGCUAGUGUCCACAGGCUUGUCUCAGAUUUACAACGACUUUCAAAUACCCGUGCAUUUUCAUGUGGAAUGCGGAGAUUGAUUGGUAUAAAAAUUGAUGACAAGCGAGAAGAAAAAGUGACAUCUGCGGAGACGAACUUACACCCCACAACAAAAGGUAGCAAACACAGGCUAUCUGAACAGAUUAGAAAAAUUUUCAGGAUUGAAGCUGUUGGUUUGAUGAGCUUGUGGUUCAGUUAUGUUUCUGCGCCCAUGGUCCAUUUUGUUGUUGAGUGGGAGGCUGGUAAUGAUGGUUGCGCAAUUCAUGUUUCUCCAGAUCAACUUUGGCCACACACUAAGUUUUUGGAGGAUUUCGUGAAUGUGGGUGAGGUAGCAUCAUUCUUGGACAGCAUCAGGCUUACAGCUGGACCUUUGCUUGCCCUUAGUAUUGCAAUUCGCCCAGCAAAAAUGCCUGUGACAACUACUGGUUACAGUUCUGUGCCAAAGCAAAACAACUUCCGGGCACAGGGGCAACCGGCAAAUGACUCAUCAUCAACUACUAUGCAAAAUGUGUGUGCCCCAUUGAGCCCUUCAGGAGCCCAUCCUAACUAUCACAAUCUCCAGAGUUCCGUGCUUUCUGCUACAGGGCGGGGUGGGCCUGGAUUAGUUCCUAGUCCGUCAUUGCCUUUCGAUGUUACUGUUGUGCUUCGUGGUCCAUAUUGGAUACGCGUUAUAUAUCGCAAGAUUAUCUCUGUUGACAUACGCUGCUUUAGUGGGGAUCAGGUGUGGCUGCAGCCAGCAACCCCUCCAAAGGGUGGACCUUCGGUUGGUGGAUCUUUACCUUGCCCACAAUUUCGACCAUUCAUAAUGGAGCAUGUUGCUCAGGGUCUAAAUGCUUUUGAACCCAGUUAUAUGAGUGCUAGGCAUAGUGGUGCACAAUUGAAGGCCAAUGCCAAUACAGCUUCUGGAAGUCAGCAAUCAGCUCCUGCUCUGAACCGCUUUCAUGGUGCUCACGGUGUAGCUAUUUCUAGGCCAACUCCAAAUGUUGGGAACCAGGUGGCACCUAGUUUCACUCGGGCAGGCAGUGCCAUGGUGGCUUCUUCAAAGUUUGCUUCAGGAAUUGCAGGACACCCUUCACACCUUUCUCCUGGAACAAACCUUCCUGUUCAUAUGAAGGGUGAGUUGAGCUCAGCUUUUACUGGUCUUGGGGACGAUGGUGGCUAUGGUGGUGCCUGGGUACCUCUUGCUGCUCUUAAGAAGGUGUUACGAGUCAUCCUUAAAUACCUUGGAGUUCUAUGGUUGUUCUCACAGUUUCCUGAACUUCUGAAAGAGAUACUAGGGUCAGUUUUGAAAGAGAAUGAAGGAGCACUUUUAAAUUUGGAUCAGGAGCAGCCAGCACUGCGUUUUUUUGUGGGUGGUUAUGUAUUUGCAGUUAGUGUUCAACGAGCUCAACUGCUUCUUCAAGUUCUUAAUGUAAAACGAUUUCACCAUCAACAACAGAAACAGCAGCAGCAAGCUCAGAAUCCUGCUCAGGAAGAGCUAGCAAUAUCUGAGAUAAAUGAAAUAUGUGACUAUUUCAGCAGGCGUGUCGCCUGUGAACCAUAUGAUGCUUCUAGGGUUGCUUCUUUUAUCACUUUGCUUACAUUACCCAUUUCAGUUCUUCGAGAAUUCAUAAGUCUAAUUGCGUGGAAGAAAAGUCAGUCCCGGGCUCAUGGGGACAUUGCCAGUGCACAGAGAGUUCGGGUUGAACUCUGCUUGGAGAAGCACCAUGUAUCAGAUUCGAGUGACCACGCUGAGAGUUCAUCUUCAUCAAGGAGCAACAUUAAGCAUGACAGAGCCAACCGUUCAGUGGAUUUUGGCCUGACUUUUGUACUCGACCAUGGUCUUAAACAUCAUACAAACAUUGGUGGAGCUGCUUGGUUACCGUAUUGUGUGUCUGUUAGACUGAGGUACAACUUUGGGGACAAUGGACAUGUCAUGUUCCUUGCAAUGGAGGGGAGCCACGGGGGCAAAGCUUGCUGGUUGCAGUAUGAAGACUGGGAAAGAUGCAAGCUAGCAGUUGUCAGGGCCAUGGAGUCUGCAAAUGGGUCUCCCGCACCUGGAGAGACAGGCCAGGGGAGAUUGCGACUGGUGGCUGAGAUGAUCCAUAAACAACUACAACUUUCACUACAACAGCUAAGAAAUGGCCCUCUCUCUGCCAGUUGAAUAUAUCUUCACAUUAGUACAUGGAUGACUGCUGGCAGAUGAGGGAAUAUCUUCGGUAGAACUGUGCAGAAAAGAUGCAAAGGUGCUCGACAUUGUGUGUGUGUGUGGUUGUUGGGGGGGGGGGGGGGGGUGUUAACAUAGGGAUUUUCUGCCAAAGGCUUAUUAUGAUAUCUUCCUCUUGCACCUGAGGCACGUCACCAUUUUGUACAUAAAGAUUAUUAGCUUCCUAACCUGUCAAUAAUGUGAUCAUUGGUUUUUGAAAGGACGCCAUCAGUGCCCCCUCGCAACUGGGAUUAGUAGGAAGGGGCAACUGAGACAUGGGUGGUGUUAGCAUUUGGCCCCGUGGCAUCAAUUAUGGAUGCUCCAACAAAGCGCCGUGUUGUGACAGAUGAAAUUUUGAGCGUUUUUGAGAUAUUUGGGCAACGAUAAUGUUUAUUUGAAAGUGAGUUUAAGGAAACUCAAGCUGAUGUGGCCCUGGAUAUGUUGUGUGGAGUUGAGAUCAUGAACCAGAAUGUAUAUGUACUUCAGAAGGUUGCUGUUCUUCUUGGUACACUUUAUAAAGGUUUAGCCAGGAUAUUUGGUGUGAUAA